GUGAUUCGUUUGCACGUGGUGUUGGUGAUCCUAAGUACAAACUACCUCGAAGUUAUUCUUAUGCAGACGCAUUAUAUGAACGACUCAAGUACAAUACAAAUCUUGAAAUCAAAAAAUUUUCAAAAGGUGGUAUAACCACUAAAAAGUUUAUCUCUAAUCAAUUAGUAAAAGCUACAAAAUUUAUGAAAUCUCAUAAAGGAUUAACAAAACUUGUCACAAUUACUAUCGGAAAAAAUGAUUUUACAGGCUGUUCUAAAUUUUUUAAGCCUAAUAUUUCUGUAUGCCUUCAACGUAAACUUGAAAAAAUAACGUAUAAUUUAAACAAUACGAUAAUUCCACUGUUGAAGAAAGCAGGAGGUAAAGGUGUACAAUAUGUGGCUACUACAUAUUUUAAUUCAUUUCCGGAUGUUGAUUUGUUAGCUGAUAAAUUAAUUAGUAUUUACAUAGAGAAUGGGUUUAAAGUAGUGGAUCUUAGAAAUAUCAUUACAGAUGAUACAGUGUGCAAUUACACUCUCUGGUGUAAUUUUAAUAAAAAGCAUCCAAAUGUAGCUGGUAGUCGUGCAAUUGCAGAUGUGUUAUUCAGUAAUUUGUCCGUGCCACUAUAA